AUGCCGAAAUUCUUCUGCGAUUACUGCGAUGUCUAUCUCACCCACGACUCCAUGAGCGUACGCAAAGCGCACAACAGCGGCCGAAACCACUUGCGAAAUGUAGUCGAUUACUACCAACAGAUUGGACAUGAGAAAGCGCAGGCUGUAAUAGACGGCAUCACGAACAGCUAUGCUGCCGAAGGACAGACCAUGCCUCAGCCUCCAGGGCUCGGCGCACCAGGAAGUGGUCUGCCAGGCUUCCCACCGGCUGGUAUGCCUGGAUUUCCGCCACCGAUGCCAGGCCAAGCGUCUCAAAUGCCACCAGGUAAGACAUCUGUGAGGAAGAGUACGUGAAGGAUAAUGCGUUGACUGUAACUAGGAAUGCCUCCAAUGCCACCGGGCUUCCCACCCCUUCCACCUGGAGGACGAGGUAUGCCGCCUCUCCCCGCAGGCUUUCCUCCCAUGCCCAACGGCUUUCCGCCUGGCUUCAACCCGCAAGCUAUGCCAGCUUUCCCUCCGAACGGCACACCUGGCCAGCCAGGAUCGCCACCACCCGGCAUGCCCUUCCCACCGCCCGGCGGCUUCCCACCCAACAUGGCACAUGGUGCUGGUGGACCAAGCCCUGCGCUCGGACAGCAUAUGAGUCCGCCACCGGGUGUACGACUUGGUGGGCCGCCGGGGAUGAAGAAUGAUGGACAAUAG